AUGGAACAAGACCAGCAAAAAGAAGACGCCUGGAUCAAGGAUCUACCGCUAACCGGAGGAAAAGGGAUCGCGAUGAAGAAAGUGGGGGGCAGCGAAGUCGUUGCCAGUGAAUGCUGUCCGUUACAAAUAAACCAUUACAACUUUGGGGGCCUGGAAGUCAAGGAGCUGGGCAGACGGAUAAGUAAACCGUCACAAAAAUUCGGCGUUUUGGCAAAAAUAUACUAG